GUGAAUGCGGUUUUCGUUCAGCAAACCAUGAAGACCGCCAGCUCUGACGAGGAAUUGGCGUUCAAGCAAAAGGAGCGGGACGUGGCCAUAUACACUCGGAAGGUGAAGAAGCUCUUCGAAACAAUGGACGAAGAGGGCGACGGAGCACUUAGCCUGGAGGAGUUCACGAAGCUCGCUCAGUCGCCGAAGCUCAAAUUUUGGAUGAGCCAGUUAGAGCUGGAGUACCACGAUCUCCUGUCGCUUUUCGAGUUCCUGGACAACGGCGAUGGGCAAAUUACGCCGACCGAGUUUAUCGAGGGAGCGGCCCGGUUGCGGGGGAGCGCGAAGGCCGUGGACAUCUGGCGAUUGGAAAC